AUGGCGACUGCCUCGCCCACGCCUAUAGGCAAUGGCCUUAUACGAAGAACAUCGCAAAGGCAAGCCCUUCGAAGGUUGCCUUCCCGCUCAACUGUGAAUCACAAUGAGAGCUCCUACGCUCCUACGAGUCAACCGCUUCCCAAUGGCUAUCACCCAAAACCACAACAAUUCCACGAUGAUAGCUCCGAGGACGAGAUCCCGGUACCUAUGAAGCUCAGUGCUCUCACCAAGGCGCUUCUCAAUGAUGGUGCUCCCGCAUCCACCGAGCGUCCUGUUUCACCUCCCCGAACGCGACGACGCACGAGCGCUCUGAACGCGUCGACUUCUUCCACCAGUGAGACCCGCCGACAUCGAAGAUCCGGAAGCGUACAACCACACGAUAGGUCUUCAAGACCAACCAGCCCGGCACAAGUACAAAGUCGAGAGAUCAGCCCAGUCAGAAAACGAGUUGUCAGAUUGAGCAACACUCCUCAAAGUCUUAACCAGAUGAAGCCUACUAAGCGACGCUCAACUUCUUUAUCUCGCUCAACUCGACAAUCUCGUCCCCUUAGCCGUCCUGAGAGCCGCGAUAUGUCUUCAGAUGAACGCUACGAUUCUAAACAGGAUUCGAAGGAUUCCAAGCAAGAUUCUCAAUUGGACGUGAAUACCCCAGCGCAGGGUGGACGCGUUGUGCGAAUUAACGCUGGUUCUCCCAGCAACAGGAGUCGCCUUGGCUCCACUGGCCCUUCUUCAGGGAGAUCUAUGGAUCGAUCUUUGGUGGACAGAUCUGUAAUCGAGGACAACGACCAACCCGAGGAGCCUGCCACAGUCGCAAGGAAUCCUCCCCCCUUCCACCAUGGCAGUGUUUCGAGAUAUCCUUCAACGACUACACGGACAAGGCCCGAAGAUAACGCUAAUCUGCAAAGCUCAAUGCGUGUCAAGCGCGUCAGCAAAGUUGCGGGUAGCUUUUUGAGUGGCCCAGCUCGAAGGGGUCGCCGAAGACAGAGUGAAGAAGAAGGCGAAGCAAACGCAGAUGGAGAUAUGAUCUUGUCCAGCCAAGAAGCUGAGAGCCAACCCGCCGACGACCACCAUGCUGCAUCAUAUUAUGGAGACAGUAUCCGUGACUUUAACUCGGGAAGCCCUGUUAGUGGACAAGCCGCUGCCAGAGCAAUUCACCGUCGCAAUGCUUCCAACAUAGACCUAAGACUUGGUGCCGCAAGGCAAUCUUCUAGGGAGACAUCCCCACGAGAAUCCACACCAGAGGUGCAAGUUUCUCAACCAAAACCUGAGCCUGAACAAGAGGAGGAGAUUCAUUACAAGCUUCCAGCCCAUCGACCAGAGCUGCCCUCGGGCCGUGAUCAAGAAAAUGAUGUCCAGGCGAGCCUCAAGAGAACGAAACCUUCUAUGGAUGCUAUUUUGGACAAGAUGCCGAAACGACCAAUGAGCGCCGAUCCAGCUCCUGUGAGAGCCGUCUCUCCCGAUAGGAAACCGCUUGCUUCAAUGGCACGAAAUACCCCUUUACGACAAGCUCCCCCACCACCUCCCAAGAUGUCUGUCCUUGAGGCUGCCACCGCCACUGCUGGUGCCGCUACAACCACACAAGCAAAGCAGCGUAGAAACAUUCUGCGAGUGAACGGUGUUGCUUAUACCCGUCUUGAUUGUCUUGGCCGAGGUGGUAGUGGAAAGGUGUAUCGAGUUGCUGCUGAAAACGGCAAGAUGUUCGCUCUCAAGCGUGUUUCCCUAGAAAACGCGGACGACUCAACUAUCAAGGGUUAUCUCGGCGAGAUUGACCUUCUGAAGAAAUUGGGUGAAGUGGAGAGAGUUAUCAAGUUGUUUGAUUGUGAGAUGAACACUGAGAAGCAGGUUCUUACUUUGCUUAUGGAGAUUGGAGAGCUGGAUUUCAACACCUUCUUGAGGAAGCGAUACAACCCCGAGGCAGCGAAGUUUGAUCCAGUUUUUGUGCGAUUCUAUUGGAAGGAGAUGCUUGAGUGUUUGCAAGCUGUCCAUCAGUGCGAUAUUGUCCACUCCGAUCUCAAGCCGGCCAACUUCGUUCUUGUCAAGGGUCAACUCAAGCUCAUCGAUUUCGGCAUUGCCAAUGCUAUUCAAACGGAUGAAACUGUCAACGUUCAUCGUGAGACUCAAGUAGGAACACCCAACUACAUGUCUCCUGAAUCUCUAAUGGACUCCAACAAUCCCCGAGGUGGCCGAGUCGCUGGCCGACCCAAGUUGAUGAAGCUGGGUAAGCCCAGUGAUAUCUGGUCUCUCGGCUGCAUCCUGUACCAGAUGGUCUACGGCCUACCGCCGUUUGGUCACAUCGCCAAUCAGAUGUCAAGGUGCCAGGCCAUUAUCAACUGGGAUCAUGAGAUUGAGUUUCCCUCGCGCGGCAUGGGAGGCAUGUCUGUUCCUCCUUCGCUUAUCCGCACUAUGAGACGUUGCCUCAACCGCGACCAUCACAUGCGCCCAACUUGCGAGGAGCUACUGCACGAGUCCGAUCCCUUCCUUUAUCCCGCUGAGCUUACCGACAAGGCUCUUCCCAUCGAUGAGGAGCUGCUUGGUAGAAUCAUUCAAAGUGUGGUGACGAGAUGCCGUGAGCGUAUGCCCACGGAGGCCGAGAGUUUGAGCGUCUGGCCACAGGCUUAUUGGGCCAGUGUUAAGAAAGCCAUGGCCGGCAGGAUGUGA